CCAGAUCAAUCGGAAGACACGACACGUGCCACUGGCAUCAGCCAUGAGCUUCCAGGAGAGGUCUCGCUCGGACUUGGAACCGGUGGCGCUGGUGCCAGGCAUCUCGCGACAGCUCUCCAGGCGACCUGCUCCUGCGAAGUUCCAAGACUUGCCGGCCGGCUUGGCGCCAGUCAGCGACCACGAGGUGUCGCAGAGACGGCGCCAGGAGGACGAAUGGCGUUCGCUGCUUGUGCGGCAGCGGCGAGCAGAGCAGCGCCUGGGUGAGCUCAUGGAGCUGGAAGAGGAGCGGCGGACGGCGAUUAUGGAGCUGCGCCAGGACGUCCGCGCCUUGGGCAAAGCAGUGGCGCUGCUGCAAGAUCAGGUGGUAUGUGCUGGGAAGCCAGUCGAGUCGCAGCGCCUGGAUGUGCACAGCUUCCGCCUGACGGCGCUCUCCAACGCGGUGCGGCGCUUGCAGAAGAUGCAGGCGACGGCGCGGUGUGAAGCGCCGGUGCUGCGGCGAGCCAUGGCGAGCUGGUCGCAGCUCAUCCACCCGAAGGCCAAAGAUCGCCUUGAGGUGGCGCAGGAAGAGAGCCAAGAGGCUCGAUUGGUGGAAUUGGUCGAAAGCCUGGAGGGUCAAGCCACCGCCGUGCAGGAUCUCAGCGAACUGGUACGAGCUGAGCUGAAGGGGAACCGGGAGGACGAGUGCCGUGAGCAGGCCUUUCGGGAGCUUGCAGCACGCGUGGAGGUGCUGGAGGAGCGAAGCCGCUGGCCCUUGCGCGAAGCGCGGGAGCUGGAGCAGCGCAGCCUCGAGGCCAUGGACCAGGUGCAGCGGCGCGCGCAGGGCGCGCUGGCCAAGCUUGCACGGAGGUUGAGGGAGGCGGGCAGAGGAGUUGAAACCGAAGCCUGGAACAGAUUUGAUCAGCAUGCCCGGGAUGGCUUCGGCUUCCUAUGGGGUAUGCAUGAACACCAAGUCUGAUAAGAAUUAGAACACCUGCAGGAGGGGCUCGUAAAGUGUCUUG